AGAUUCAACCCUCUUCAUCUUCCGCCGCCAUUGGAGUUGCAGAGCGGAGCUUCUAGAGAGCGAAAAUGAAGUACAACCCGAGAGUAACCAGCUCCCGCAGGAAGAACAGGAAGGCUCAUUUCACAGCUCCGUCUAGCGUUCGACGUGUGCUGAUGAGCGCACCUCUGUCAGCAGAUCUCCGUGCGAAGUACAAUGUUCGAUCUAUGCCUAUCAGAAAGGAUGAUGAGGUUCAGGUUGUCCGUGGAACCUACAAGGCCCGUGAAGGAAAGAUCGUGCAGGUUUACAGGAGGAAAUGGGUGAUCCACAUUGAGCGCAUCACUCGUGAGAAGGUUAAUGGUUCAACUGUUAAUGUUGGAAUCAAUCCAUCUAAGGUUGUUAUUACCAAGCUCCGCCUCGAUAAGGAUCGCAAAUCUCUUCUCGACCGCAAGGCGAAGGGCCGCGCUGCUGCUGAUAAGGAGAAGGGUACAAAGUUCACUACUGAUGAUGUCAUGGAAAAUGUUGAUUGAUUUCAUCAUCUUUUAUAUGGGUAUCUCUCCUUGUGUUCAUUUGAGUUUUAUGUUUUGCUACAAUUUUAGGGUUUUACUACCUGGAUUUUGAAAUCAUUGCUAAACAUAGACUUAAACAUCUUUAGCUUUGGCAUUUUGAUUCAACGCCUAUAACAAUGUUUUUGUUUCAUUGA